AUGCAAAAAAAGCCCGAAAAAAAAAAAGAUAAAGAAACUAUAUCUAAAUCUGAACCACAAAAGAAGCGUAAAAAUCAAACACUAAAUAAGAAUAAUAGUGGCAGUAAUUUAGUUUGUACAUCUACUGAAUUAUCUGUCACUAUUCCUACGGCACAAGAACAACAAAGUUAUGUUGAAUGGGAAGACAAAAAACUCCAAAUGCAGCAAAAAAAUUUGGAAUUACUUAAGGACGAAGUUGCUCUUCGGGAAAAUUAA